AGUCACAAAAUAACAUAACUUUUAUCCUGGGGUGUUCUAUGUUAGGCUUAGGCACUCGACUCAGUAUUCUAAGCUCUGAAGAACCCUAAACCAAACCCCGAGAGAUCGAAAUUCUGAACCUUCUUCGCCAAAUUUCCUGCUCCAUGAUCCAAUCUUCUAGCCUUGCCCCCUGAUUUCAAUCUCCCUUCUCCUUGGCUUCCGUUUCGCCAUUAUUUUCCACAAUUUUUGUUUGCUCAAGAAAUGGAUAUUGAGCAAAAGCAAACCGAGUUCAUCGAUCACUUUGUGAAGCAAGCUUCGUCUCUUAAAGGCUCCUCACUUGCGUCUGUUGUUACUGAGGCCACUUCUCACCCCUCUCUCUUCGCCUUCUCCGAAAUUCUUGCCGUUCCCAACGUCAUCGAGCUUGAAGGAACUGAACAUUCUGUAUAUCUUGAUGUGCUUCGCUUGUUUGCAUAUGGAACAUGGAGUGAUUACAAGUGUAAUUCCAGCCUUCUUCCAGAAUUGAGCUCUGAUCAAGCCCUCAAAUUAAAGCAACUUACUGUCCUUACAUUGGCUGAGACAAACAAGGUGCUAGCCUACGGUCAAUUAAUGCAGGAACUAGAUGUUACAAAUGUACGAGAACUGGAGGAUUUUCUUAUUAAUGAAUGCAUGUAUGCGGGUAUAGUCAGAGGAAAGUUGGAUCAGCUGCGAAGGUGCUUUGAGGUCCAAUUUGCUGCAGGGAGAGACCUGAGACCUGGGCAACUUGGGAGCAUGAUACAAACACUAUCGAACUGGUUGACUACAUCGGACAAUUUAUUGGUCUCAAUUCAAGAGAAGAUAAAAUGGGCCGAUAAUAUGAGUGAAUUAGACAAGAAGCACCGAAAGGAUGUCGAAGAUAGGGUGGAAGAAGUAAAGAAGUCACUUUCCUUGAAGGAUAGGGUGGAAGAAGUAAAGAAGUCGCUUUCCUUGAAGAAGUUACAAACUGUAAGCAGGCCGACAUUGACUUCAGAGGGCAUGAGGAGGUCUACUCUGAACCUGGUGGAGUAAUGGACUACGAGGAAGAUCGAAGUCGACCCAAGAGGAGACGACAUCCAAUUUCUUAGAGAUGUGCAUGUCGGAGUCGAACAACCUCCUCCCUAAGAUGGGUGUCUGUCUAAACAACUGCCUGCCUGAUUUUYGUUCGUGGCAAAAAACAAAGUAAAAGAACAAAAAAGAUGUCGAUUUUCGGAUUUGGGAGAUGAUGUGUGUUGUCUGUCCCAAAGCCUUUUGUUAGAACGGUGAACGUGUUGGUGUUUAGGUUAUUAUGUGAUAAUCAGUACAAUACAAUAGCUCUCGUCUUUAAAUUCAAUUUAAUUCCUUCUGAAUGAGUUGUUGGAUGAGAAAACAAUUAUCAGAAACGGCUUCACAAUUUUCGUGCAGUUUUCUCAUCUUAUAUAGAGAUAUAUAUAUAUUGAUGUGUUAUUGAUUGGAUCUCAAAAUAUCAUUAUUUCA